AUGGAAGUUUAUCAUUUCCUAAUCGUAUUAUUAGCUUCAUGCUAUGGGUUUCCAGAUUUUCCUUUCUAUAACGUAUCUUUAACAUGGAAAGAAAGAGUAGAUGAUUUAGUUGGCAGAUUAACCUUACCGGAGAUGAUCGGUCAAAUGGCAAAAGGCAAAGGGGGAACAGAUGCGAUCCCAAGACUUGAUAUCAAGCCAUUUGAAUGGUGGACAGAAUGUCUGCGAGGCGAUGUACAGCAAGGUGGAACCGGAUUUCCAGAAGCCAUUGGGUUAGCAGCAGCCUUCAGUCCUGAAGUGAUUUAUGACGUAUCCCGAGCAACAGGUAUAGAGAUUAGAGCCAAGAAUACUAUGUUCAGCAAAGCAGGAAAUUUCACUGUUGGAACUGGUUUAAGCUGCUGCUCACCCGUUAUCAACAUUAUGAGAGAUCCAAGAUGGGGUCGAAAUGAAGAAACCUAUGGAGAAGACCCAUUUUUUACUGGAGUUUAUGCUGAGGCUUUUGUUCGAGGUCUACAAGGAGAGCACCCACGUUAUGUUUUAGCAAGUACUGGCUGUAAACAUUUUGAUACUUAUACCGGACCAGAAGAUAUUCCAGUUUCAAGAUUUGGAUUUAAUGCAGAGGUAUCGAUGAGAGAUCUGAGAACAACUUUUCUACCAGCUUUCAGGACGUGUGUAAAUGCGGGUACAUACAGUAUCAUGUGCAGCUAUUCGAGGUAA